AUGUAUAUAAAAAGCGUCUUGGUGUUGCUAGCAUUGGGUAUACAAUCGUUGGCAUUUGGUCCGGUCAUUGGGUCUGUUUCAGUCAAUGACAAGAAAGUGCAUUUUGGAGAAGUCAAUACUCAAGAAGUCAAGAUCUUACCAGUUGAGGCCGUCAAGGAUACAGUCGAUAUCAAAUUCAAGGACGAAACGCUUGACGGAACCCCGGAACAGAUUAUGUUCAGCUUGGCAGAUGUACAACAGCCAUCGUUGGUGACGCAUUUCGUGCCCCUCGUCAAAGGUAAGGAAAUUCUGUUGAAGAUUCCAUUUGCAUCGAUCCCCGACGUCUUGAAAUCCAAAGAGCUGUUGGUUUUGAGCUUGGUUAUUGCCGACUCCAAGAAAAGUGGAAACUAUGUCAAGCGUCUACUUGAGUUGAGACCUACUCAGGAAGUUCAAAGUGCCAGUAAGCGCGAAAGUCCACUUCGCAAAUUUGGAUUACAACCAGAGAUUCAUCACAUUUUCAAAAAAGACGAGAAAACAGUCAACGCCGUGGUGCCGCUUGCAUUUAUUGCAAUUGCCUCGGUGUUGUUCUUGGGCUUGUUCGCAGCUUGGUUCGGCUCAAUUGGUCCAAAGAACAUGUUCAAGACUUUGAAAACUACAUCGAAUGCCCAGUUGCUUCACAAUAUCAGUUUUUUGAUCUCGCUCCUUGGAUUCGAGUUCAACUUUGUCAGGUACUAUCUCGGGCAAUCAAUUUUCGAUACUCUAUUCUAUGGAUUCGUGUUGGGUAUCCCUUCACUUUAUUACGGAAGAGCCGUCUUGAGAGCCUUAGCUGAGAAUCGUUCCUUGGGUAAGCAAUAG